ACAAGUCUUUCAAAAUGGUCGAUCGUCUUAGUAAAUACAACUUGAUCGAUGCGUCUGUAUCAACUCUUCCCCGAAGGAUGUCAACUAAUCUAAACGACCCUCACGUCAGACCCACCAACCGCCGAAUGCAUCAUGGAAGCAUUGCUAUGACGGCCGUUCCCCACAGCUUCUCCCUAAAGGGUGUCCUCAGUCGUUGGGAGAAACGCUGGUUCAGUGCAUUGGCCAUCUUGCUCUCUUCAAUGUUGAGCCUGAGCACGGGUUCGCUUCUAGGCUUAUUAGGCAGCAUGGUUCGUUGGCCCUUGCUAGCACGUAAGCUGUACACACCAGUUGACGCCGAUUUGAUUCUAGGCGUGUCUAACCCAACCGGAGCUGUUAAGCUCAUCUGGAUACAUACGGUGCAAAAACGGAAGUGGUGUGUUACCACAGUAAUCGUCAUGGUCUAUUUACUCGCUGAUAUCAUUGGCCGGAUUAGUGUCGCUGCGUUCGGAUUGACCUUUGAUUUAAACGAGGAGCCACGGAUAGAGUAUCCUACCAAGCUAACCAACUGGGGCACAAGCGACUGGUUUAAUGACUAUGUUCUUGAGCGAUACCGCGGUGAAGAAAUUAUGUCGUCCAAUACUAGCGUGGUUCACAGCUCAUCCAGGUGUUUUUGGGGAACUGUAUCACUACGUGAAAAUCAGGAGAGGGUGGUAGAUUAUGGUGAUGUUAUCUACGAGGCAACAUUUGAGAAUAUUGUGAAGAAAAUUAUGAGUGUUUAUACAGAAUUACUCACAACUAUAUGGAGACUCAGCUUGCGCGACAACAUUCUACUCGAAUCAUCUUACAGUACCACUUACAAUGUUUCAAAUCUUCUCCAUCGAGCUGGUCAUGAUGAGCGUAUGUGGAAAGGUAUUGAGGAAGACGACAGUACCUAUGGUGUCAGAGUUUAUUCUGGUAUAGGCAGUGGCGAACACUUUGCAAAAAGCCUCACCACACGUCUUCCCCUUCUCGCCGUUCUGGGUGCUGAUAUCCAGCUGCCAAAGGUGACCCAAAUUUCAGGCGCAUCUGAGCGGCUAUUCAUAGAUGUCAGAUUGAACGUCAAACUGAAGGAACCAAUUACGGUUCUAAUGUGUAUCUUUGGAGGUCAGGUACUGGCUAUUGCGGUUGCUAUUUUCUAUUGCAGGAAGGUUUUCAUACGAGAUUAUGCCAGCAGUCUUUCUAUUGCCAGAUUGCUGAAAACGACUAUGGAGGAAGUGGAAGGAAUGAGUACAUGUACGGGCGAGAAACUCAUGGAAUAUCUAGAUAGAAAAGGUGUGAUGAUGAGAUAUGGAACACGGCGGAAGGGCGACGAGGCGUUGGAGGUAGAUCUGUGGAACGAUGUCGAGGACGAAUUCCCAGAUGCCAUAUAUUCAUAG